AUUCACAGUUUUUCCCAGCUUUUUGCCUAGAGCAAAUGAGUCCUUAAAUAUUUAUCUAUCCUGUCUACAGAAAUGAGGUAACACAUUGUUUGUUUAGGCUGUGCUUAUUGUCAUGAUAGAACAUGGAUGGUUUUGGUUAGAUGAUGAAAACUUAAUCCUGCAUUUAUGUCAAAAGGCAAGGUAACUGCCCUUGACUAACACCACAUCUAUUCCUUAUAACCAGAGACCUCCUCUGGGGGUUGGGGGGAGUGGGAGGGGUGUCCUCUGAGAAAUAACAAUUGUAAUUCAGGUGUUUCAAACAAGGGAUAAAAGAUAGACAAGAGCGAUGUGAAUUAAUUGAAAGAUGGAGAUAAAAAGUAACAAAAGCACUACACCCAGCACCUUCCAACUACCUAUGCACAUCUAGCACCUACUAAGACUUUUUUUUAUUUUGCUUUUUAAAUACAAAAACAGUGGCAGAAGUUUCAGGUUGCCUCCUUGAUGGCCUGCCAUUGUUGAUCAAUAGUAUACUAUAAAUUGCCAAGUAUAGAUGUAUGCUGAGACAGAGAAACACCAGAGUCAGGGAGUUCUUGUUUACAGACCUGCACACUGAAGAGACAGAGGUGUAAUGAAAGCACAAUUUAGCCCAGAAAGCUUACUUGCAAACGCAGUUUUGGGAAAGAUAAAUUAAUAAAAUGCUGUAGUUUCUGUUUUUUUCCAUGCUUAAAGACUGUUUUGCAAAACCAGGACUUAAUUGGGAGGAGGCUUUGGAUAGGAGUAUUUCUGUAUACUUUUCUCCCAUUUCUUCUUGGGCCAUAUGAGUAAGACAAACAUGCAUCUCCACAAACCUAGUCUAUGUUUCAUAAAUGUGUCAGCUUCCUUUCUGAGAUUUCUCCUUGAAAAUAUUGUUGUUUCUGAUUUCAACACAGCAAUGAAAAACUUGAUGUUUCUGGUGGUUUGUUAGAAACGUCCCACUCCUCUGAAGGUGCUAUGAAGGUGCAGGUCUAAGUUCAGUCCUAAUGUUUUUGGUUUCCCUUUUUUUUCCCCUCCUGGUUCUAACUGCAUUUUGAAAUGCUUUAAAUGGAUGAGGGAACUUGGUUAAUAUGUAAGUCACUUACACAUGAAGAGGCAAUUUGCAAAUGUUGCUGCACCGUCUCCCAAGAGAUGUGAGUCACUGUACUACAUGAAAUGGUGCUGGAGGAAAUAAGAAGACACAAGCUGGACUAGUGGAACCCCAUUGCAGGAGGGGUUGGAACUAGAUGAUCUUAAAUGUCUCUUCCAAACCAAACCAUUCUCUGAUUCUGUGAAAUGGUCUGUGCCAGUGCAGCAAGGGUAUUAAGGCUUAGGUAGCUGUUAACAUGUGGCAGGCCAGUCGUGAUAGGUGACGCCUGGAGCUGCCUAGGAUUGAGUUACAAUACACCCAUGUUUCUUGUUUGAAAUCUCUUCCUGACUAAAGAAAACUUUUAAAAACACUUAACAUUUCAGUUCUCUCAGAUCAAGAUAAAAUUGGUUUUGUUCUAAGCCAAGGCUGUCAUCUCUAAAAUACAUUAAAUUGCUGCUGUAUCUUGAAGGAGUUUGCCAAGUACCUUACAGCUGCUUGCUCACUCUCCUCCCACCCCUCCCUGUGGGAAGGAGAUUCAGAAAGAAAAGGUAAACCUUGUGGGUUGAGAUAAAAACAGUUUAAUAAUUGAAACAACUAAAAUAUAUUAAUAUUAACAUCAACAUUGUUAUUAUUAUUAUUAUUAUUAUUAUUAUUAUUAUUAUUAUUAAUAAUAAUAAUAAUAGUAGUUGAGAGUAACAGAACCCAAGAGAAACAAGUGAUGCACAGUACAAUUGCUCACCACACGCUGCCUGAUACCCAGCCUGUCCCAGAAUGUGCUGGGCCCCCUUACAAAUAACUUCCCCAGCUUAUAUACUGGACAUUCUGUGGUAUGAAAUAUCCCUUUAUCCACCUGUCCUGGCCAUGCUCCCUCCCAGCUUUUGUGCACCUCCUCACUGGCAGAGUAUGAGACACUGAAAAGUCCUCAACUUAGGGUGAAUGCUACUUAGCAACAACAAAAAAGUCUAUCACACGAGUCAUGGUUUUGCUUAUCAUUGCAAGUGUAACUGGACCUUGAAUGCCUGUCUCCCACCUCUGAGGCAGGUGUUCCAACACUCAGUUUAGCGCUAAACAUUAAUAUUGUAGCAGUCAGAAAUCUGGUGCCCAGGUUGUCUCUCCCUAUUAAAUUCAGGAAUCCAGAAGUGCAGAUUAUCUUGGAACGAAUGCAGUCAAAAACAUCUGUUAUGUUUACUGCAAUACCAAACAAAUAAAAUGGUAGUGUAACAUUGAAGACCAGGUAGAUGUGGCUGUCCUCAUAGUGCCAAGCAGUCAGGUGGUUCAACUGACAUUGUUCCCUGUCAUCAUUGUCUGUAUUGACACACUGGUAGCAUGGGCUGAAAUAGAUAAUGAUAACAUUUUCCUUGCUAUUUCCCAAUAAUCUACUGGUUCAAUAAAACCUGAGGUACAAAGUCCCAGGUUCAAGUGGCUCCUCUGUUAUACAGUAAGUUGAACUUCUUUGCCCUUUAUUGCUAGGUAAUUAUCUGUUCUGUAGAGUUCUCAGGAAAUUUCUCAAAUCCUCAAACCAAACACCUUCUACUAGGAUCUAGUUAAGUAUUUCUUGCCCCAGCAGUAGCACGGUGCUUCUAUGCACCGUUUGUGUUUCUGAAUAUAGAUCACUUUAUUGCACCGCAGGGUAACUCGGUGUUGGCAUGGAUGCUCUCUGUCCUACUUGCCCAGCUUUGUAUUGGGCUUUUGUUCCUGCCCAGCACGAUCCGAUCUGUUUUUCAGUUUGCUGUGAGGACAGUUUAAUAUAUGACCAGAUAUAUGACCUGCUGGGAACAGGUCAUAUAUCUCUCCCUUCUUCUCUCCUACGCCUACCCCAGACAACUAUGGCCUAUUCCUUAACCUUCCUACGGAAACCAGCUCCAGCCUGGGGAGCAGGGCAGGGCCAGGUUCAGAUGCCGCGCAGGGGCCAGGGAAGGUGCGGGGGCAGGGAAGGUGCGGGGGCAGGAAGACGCUGUGCUGGGCUCCCCGGGCCCGCUGCUCUUCCGCCGCUGCGGUGAGCGCCGGUGGCUGCCCCGGGCGCCGGUGGGAGCAGCCCCGUCCCGCGGGGACUACAACUCCCAGCGCUCCGCGGCGCGGCCCGGCGGCGGCCGAGGAGGUGAGAGCGGCUGUCCCGGGAGCCGAGUUCUCCUUCAGGGCGCAGCAUGAACGGCAGCGUGGCGAGUGGCGGCUACUCCGAGGAGAUCAUCAGCCUUACCCGCAGACCCUCAGGGUUGGGCUUCAACAUUGUUGGUGGGACAGAUCAGCAGUAUAUUGCCAAUGACAACAGCAUCUAUGUCAGCUGGAUCAAAAAGGAUGGGGCAGCUUACCUUGAUGGCCGACUACAAGAAGGAGAUAAAAUUUUAGCGAUCAAUGGCAAAGACUUGAAGGAUUUGCGGCACAAGGAUGCUGUGGAACUGUUCAGGAAUGCAGGCUAUGACGUGUCUCUGAAAAUUCAGCGCAGGUUGCAGCCACAGAAUGGCCCUGUGGGUCAUGGAAGAGAUGGAGAAUCAGGUGGGCUUCCUCUGGCAGCCAUUCUUGUGCCAGGCCUGGCGCUUGCUGCGACAGCAGUCUGGAUCUUGCUGAGGUAUCGACAGCGGAUGUGAAGAGUUCACGUCUGGGAUAUCACUGCGUAUUUUACACAGCUAUGAUGCAAUUUAAAGAUAGAGAAUCAACAAUCUUGUCACAGACUGAUGCCAAAAAGGAUCAUUGCCUAUCAUCAAAGUUGCUGCUGAUGUUCGUAUAUAUUGAUUUUGUUGUAGGGUGAAUAGAAGCAGAGAGAAAAAAGGGAAGGGAGAGGAUUGUGUUUAUGUAAAGAGUGGGAUAGCUGUAUUUUUGGACAAAUCUGAGGAGGUUUUGCCAUCCUCCUCUAUUUUGCACCAUGAACUUUGAAACACACUCAUCUAUUCCACAUUUUAAGGUUUAACUUUUGGUUAAAGGGAGUGGGAGUUGGGGUGGUUUUAAAUCAAAAACAUUUUCUAGAGGCUUUGCCUUUUUUCUUGAAUCUAAUGAAUUCUGUCUGAACCAUGAAUAAAGAGGAGCAAUGCAAAGGGUAUAUUAUUUUUCCCAUUGAAGUUUUGUUGGUUGUUGCUAAAUAAAUGCCUUAAAUGUGUAAAAUCUGA